GAGCGCUCCUCUGCACUGGGCGUCCCCUGGGACCAUUUCUCUUGGACGCGCAUUAAAUGCAGAAGGUGAACCGGAACCACCGGAACCGUAGUGCGCCGCCUCUACAGGACUUUAUGCACAACCUGCAGCUGAAUUCCGUCAGAUGGACUCCUCUCUGAUAUAAUUCAACUUCUGUCCGCCAACUUCGGCCAGACCUGCAGCUCAGAGGCGCUGAUGAUCCGAAGGAAGACCUGGUUCGUGGGGAGAUGUGGUGAAGCCGCGCGUAAAGGUGAGGACCAGGAUUCAUGCCCAGAGAUUUGUGCGCAGAAGCAGCUUUUUGUCAGUGGAAAUCAAACCUGUCAGUCUGCAGUUUGGUUGGAUUACAGCACGCGUGAUUCCCGUUCAGGAUGGCAGCCAGGUGAGCUGUGAGCCGCCCUGCAGGUGGAUGAGAUCCGACCAUGUCCUUUACGCACCGACUCGCUUUGCUGCUGCUCGGCUUCACCCUCAUCCACACGGUUAAUGGGAGGUUUCCUCACUGCUGGCUUUACUGGGAGAUGGAGAGAGCCAGAGAAGAGUGUCAGACACAACUGCAGCAGCAGCAGACGCCAGAUCCUGCAGGAUGUGAAGGCGAGUGGAACAACGUCUCUUGUUGGCGUGGUGCAGCCGUCGGGGAAGUGCUGACCCUCCCAUGCCCCUCCCCCUUCCUGCUACUUUUUGGGAAAAAUGGUAACCUGAGCAGGACAUGCACAGAGAAAGGCUGGUCCUUGGUUUACCCUGACAUCGGAUUCGCCUGCUCAUCAGACAUCAGCGAUGAACCCAAAGAGCUGGUCUUCUACAAAGUGGUGCAGAUUCUGUCCACUCUGGGUCACAGCCUGUCGCUCGUCAGUCUGCUCACCAGCACCGUCAUCAUCUGUUCGUUCAGGAGGCUCCACUGCAUGAGGAACUACAUCCAUCUGAACUUGUUUGUGUCUUUCAUGCUGCGAGCCAUGGCCGUGCUGACCAAGGAUGUGCUCCUCUUCUCAGAGGACCAAACCACCGACUGCAGCACGCAGCUCUCUCUGGUGGGUUGUAAAGCCAGCCUGGUAUUCUUCAACUAUUUCAUCAUGGCAAACUUUUUCUGGCUGUUGGUGGAGGGCCUCUACCUGCACAUGCUGCUGCUCGUCAUCCAUACCUACUCCAUCCGCCUCUCCAUCUACAUGGUCAUCGGCUGGGGAGUCCCGUUUGUUUUCACGAUGGCGUGGAUCAUAAGUAGGGUCAACCUGGAGGACACGAGCUGCUGGGAGAUCAAUGACAACCCUGUUCCUGACAGGCUGAUCAACUGGCCCAUCAUGGCAUCUAUCACUAUAAAUUUCCUCCUGUUCAUCAGCAUCAUUCGGAUCCUGGUGCAGAAACUGCGCUCCUCGGAUGUCGGAGGAAACGACCAAUCACAGUACAGGCGGCUGGCGAAGUCCACCCUCCUACUGAUCCCUCUGUUCGGGGUGAACUACGUCGUGUUCUUCUACCUGAUGGAGCCGGCAGAUAAAACCCUGAAGCAGAUCAAGAUCUUCUUUGACCUCGGUCUCGGGUCCUUCCAGGGUCUAAUCGUAGCUGUCCUCUACUGUUUCCUCAACAGUGAGGUUCAGACAGAGCUGAGGAGGACAUGGAGGAGUUUAUCCCUGAAGCGCUGUGCGUGCCGGGAUUACAGGCUCCGCAGCAUGUCAGCAAACCAGAACGGUUCGGACAACUGUAUUCAGUUUCCCAGGAACGUCCGAGCCCAGUCCAUCCUGCAGACUGAAACCACCAUGCUCUGACCAGAAGAGAUUAAAACUGAAACCACAGGAGUUCAACCAGGUUCUACCAAAUUGCCUCCAGCUGGUAAAGAAAUCAGAUUUUAAACUGUCCAAUAAUUAUUUUUAUGUAGUUUUCCAGUCGAAGAAGAAAAAGACACGAUAAACAUGAAAGUUUCAUGAAUCCAUUGAAAGAAACGUGCCACACAGUAAAAAGCCACCGUGCAACGAGAGCAGGAUGGUGAAGGAGGUCGAACCAUCUCAAAGGCUCACUGUUAGGGAACUGUGGUGAAAAGUGACUCCGUUACAACCGUUAGACACCAUCUACAGAUGUCAACCAGUUGUUUAGGAGAACAGAACCUUUUCUGUCCUACCACCACAAACAUAAACAUAUGAACUUUGCUUAACUCUAGCAGGACUUUAACUCCAAGCUUUGGUCAGAUGACACAAAGACUGAUCUUUUCAGUAAAAACAACUCCAAGUGGGCCUGUCGUGAAACAUGUGGGAAAGCACUAAAUGCCCACUGUUAAGCACGGUAAAGGAUCUGUGGUGCUGUGGGCUUGUUUCUCCUCCUACGACCAUGGAAACCUUGGCAGUGUGCAUUGCACCAUGAACUCUCUGAAAUACCAGGACAUUAUAGAAUGAAAAGUCAUAAACAUGAAAAUGGGUCUUCACCAGGUCUUUCUGUAGGGUAAUGACCCAAAACAUACGAGCAUACCAACAAAGAAAUGUCCCCAGACCCAAAUCCUGUGGACUGAGCUAAGGAGAAGAUGAAGGAGAACCCAGGACUGCAGGGGUGCCAUUAACUCUGUCAAUCAUUUCCUAAUCUGGGACGUUUCUCCCCACUGAAUAAAAGAGCUCAAGUUAAAAUUUCGCUGCUGCAAUAAAACAUAAAGUUGGUUUCAUCUUGACCAGGGAUCUGGAAAUGUGUGGAGGAAGCUGUACAUCAUGUAGGUGUGAGUUUCCCAGUUUUCCUGCUGGAUGAAGACUCACAUGUCAGUGUCUGAGUCCACUUUAUUUAGCUCGGAACGUUCUUCUCUCCAGCACAGAUCAUCCUUUCCAUGGUUUUCAUCAUAAAAUGGACAAACGGACACCUUGCAGGAGUGAAGUCUGCAGACUUUACAGAGUUUCAUGAAGCAGAAAGGAUUUCUGUGCAGGCAUAUCAUCUGUUUCUGUAGAGACACACAGAAGUCUGACUGUUGCCUUUUCUAACCCAGCCUUCAGAAAUGUUUGCAGAACCAAAAGUCAAAAGAUCAAAACAUAUCUUUAUGUCGUAAUUAAAUGCUGCAAAUAACCUCUGAUCCCAGCAUGUUAUAUACUUUUAUUAAAAAUGUGCUACGUUGGUAUAUGUGACUCAUAACCAAACACUGAAAACAACCUUAGCUUUUAUUUUUCUUCUAAGUAACCAGUUUGUUUCCUGGAACGAAAGAAAUACUCCUCCUAGUGGCCAUUUUAGGUAUGACUUGUGAAAACAGUUUAUUGUUUAGCUUUUUAUGCAUCAGAAGUUAGACAGAAGGAAAAUCCAAACCAAAGGCGCUUUUUAUUUCCAUAACACAGUUUUCUGUCUAAUCUUGCAGCAUUUCAAACAGUCAGGAAGUAAAACAAUUGUUGAAUGAAAGAAAAACUGCGGCUGCUGGUGGGUUAUGCCCUGCAUCCUGAGGAUAUGCUCGCCUGCUAAGAAGAAGGCUGCAGUGAGUGUAGCAGGUCUCAAGAAACUGCAACUCAGCUGUUUAUGACAUUUAAUAUCGUGUUUCAAUCAUUUUUCAGGGGUUUUAAUUUAAAUUUAAAACUUGUCAAAUCCGUGUCUCUGAGGGGCCAAGUAUUACAGCCAGAGGUUGUGCCUUUUUAUAUGAUUUAUUAUGUUUGAAGUCCUUUUUUAUUAGUAGAAAAAAAGAGCCAAAUGUGUUCGUAAGUAUUUAAAUAAAUGACUUAAUGAAAGUGAUUUUCCUGCAUCAUAUGAGCAGGGAAUCAAACUGACUGUUUGUGGCGUUUAUUUUUUAAGCAGCCAUUCCUGGUCUGUGUGAGAUUAAACAUGGAUGUGUAAAUAUAUGUAAGCUUCUAAACACAACUGUAAACAUCUGACUCUUUAUGUUUUAUAAAAACUGGUAACGUUGA